AUGUUAUCAAUCUUCUUAUCAGCUUUACCCACUUCCCUAGCUCUACUAUGGACAUCUUACGGUCCACCUUCAUCGACUGGAUCCAGUGGAUUAGGAAUUGAGAGUCUGGUAGAAUACACAAGUAAUUUACCCCUAUCGUUGGAUGAGAAUGGUAUGAAGAUCAGAAUCAAUAUGGAUGGUACUUGUAAGAUGGUUAGCAAUACCAUCCUUUUUCUCCUAUCUUAUCAAAUCUACUACUCCCUCGUCACUUAUACUCUCCUGUUGGGUAUGUUCUACCAUUAUACAACUACUAAACGAUGGAUGAACAAUUCAGAAUUAAAAGUAUUAAGGAGAUUUACGUCGAUGGUGUUGGUUAUUAAAGAUUUAAUUGGUGUAUUUGGUGUUAUCUUCUCAUCACUUUCUCUCUUACUUCUACCUCUUAUCGAUCCUUCAGUCGAUCACAUCAUAGAUGUCAAAUUAGGUUGGGCAAGUAUCGUUAGUAUUUUCGCUGUGUUUGGUUCGACCCUCUUAACUGCCGGUUAUGACAAUUGGUCUAAAGAACUGUUGAAAGGACAAGCUGAAAACGGUGUUUUCUUGAGUGAUGACAUUAUCGAUGAUAUUGAACACUCAUCUGUUGAUUUGGAGAAAAGGUCAGAAUGA